CUUAUUAUCAGUAGACCAGAGGGCAGACCAGUCACAUCGGACAGAGUGUUUCUAUAUUCACUCCACCCAUCUAGGGUCAUUUGAACAUCAACUUAUCGCCAUGUCCAUCGCAGAACAGGAGCCCCGCAGUCGGAUCGCCUUGGUCACAGGUUCAUCCAGUGGAAUAGGUCGCAGUUCCGCUAUCGCGUUGAACGCAGCUGGAUGGACAGUCAUUUUGACUGGUAGACGGAAAGAUGCACUGGAGGAGACUGUCAGGUUGAUGGGAGAUGAUAGGUCAGAACGAACGACAAUUGUCGUUGGGGAUCUUGCCAAGCCGGAAUUCGUAGAGGCAUUGUUCGACAUCAUCCGAAGAGAUUUCGGCCGUCUGGACCUUUUGUUCAACAACGCCGGAAUGGGAGCUCCCAAGCAGUCAUUCGACCGCAUCCCUUUGGACACUUUCCAAGAAGUCUUGGAUCUCAACGUCACUUCUGCCUUUUUCUGUGCUCAAGAAGCUUUCAAGCUUAUGAGGGAGCAAGAGCCACAAGGGGGAAGGAUCAUCAACAACGGAUCUAUCUCUGCGUACGCUCCUCGUCCUCUUGGAGCCGCGUAUACCAUCUCCAAGCACGCCAUUUCGGGUCUCACCAAGUCUAUAGCUCUUGAAGGGAGGGAGCACAACAUCGCCUGCAGUCAGAUUGAUAUUGGCAACGCCUACACGUCAUUAUCCUCGUCCGGGUCGGGUCAAUUGCAAGCUGACGGCACUACGAGAGUCGAAGCCGGCUUUGACGUCAAGCAUGUGGGUGAUGCCCUCGUUUACAUGGCCGAGCUCCCCCUGGAAGUCAACAUUCUGUCUCAGACCAUCAUGGCUACUACAAUGCCUUUUGUCGGCCGAGGCUAGACGGCUUGUUGAGACGGCAGUUCAUAGUAUGCUUAUAUCUAGCUGUGGUAAUGAUACAUUGUUGAGAGCAUC